CAAAGCUACAAGUAAGGAGAAGGAGAGUAGAUGAUACACUCUAGCCAAGGCCAAACAUUACGCACAUGUUUGGCUGUUAAAAGUUAUUUUUGUUUCUUUUUUCGAAUUUUCGUUUGUUUUGUCACACUUGGCACACUCAAGAUAAUAUCUGGAUCAUGUCUGACGAGGACGAGUAUCAGGCGAAGAAGGCUUUUCCUGUGGAUGGUCUUUUAAAGACAAAGGUUACUUUAAAACCUGGCGAGGCGCCUUCAGAUGCCAUUGAAUACUUGAGAUUUGUGGCACACGAAGCGUCACAGUGCGAGGAUGUGGUUGUGGCUGUCAUAGAUGAAAAGAAGCUGCGCAAACAAACCGUGGUUUACAGCAGUGGUUUUGAGAAAAAAGAUGAAAAUCCGUUGUCCUUGCAAUUGGUUCCUCGAGAGUGGAAAAUUUGCCAAGUUUCUGAUUUCUCCAAUGUCCGCACCCAACUGGCAAAAAUGAAGGCGAGCAGCUCAAUAACAGCAAUUAAUGUGCAGAGAAAAGAACUGCCACUAAAAGGGGAUCAGCGAUCUUGGUGCCGAUUCUGUCUUGGGUCUGAAAUUAGUGCCAAAAUUUAUGAAACAACAUCUCCAACGAUGAAAGACAGUGAGGAAUUCCAUCCUCCUCUAGCCAGCAUUAUUUUUUCCUUGGACCAGCCGUUGAUAGAAAAGUUACUGGAGUACCAUACAAGGUGGAUGCAAUCCACAAGUUUCACUGUAGAGCAAGGCAGGUGGAUUUAUUCAUUACUGGCAGGACUGGAGCUGCCACUCACGCCUGAUGUAUGCAGCGUUAUUAGAGCGCUUGCGAGGACAUGCGCAAACGUGAGAGAUAAAUUGCAGGUUGAUUGUGAUGCGCAAUUAGUGACAGCUCUCAACCUCAUAAUUUGUCUUGUCUCCAAAUACUUCCGUCAACUUGAUCUCGAAGAAUUGUAAAAAUAAAAACAAUGAUAAUUUUUCUAUU